CGUGGGGAAGGCUGGUCUCCCCACCCUAAUCUUCUUAUGCAAAUAGGCUUCCCAGUUGAUUGGCCCAUCUUGUCAGCUUCUUACUGUGCACGUGGCUGACAAAGAGAAGGGAAGAUGGAGCCGCCAUCUUGAACAUGAUUGGCACAACUGCUGGUAUCUAUGUCUGCGGCAGCUCGAUUUUACAGGCUGCUCUUCCUUAGGAAGGGAAAUAAUCUGGGGCUGCUUUUCAUUAAAAAGAAAAGCCUUACCGAGGGCUUCCAUACCCUAUCUGCCUAAGUGAUUGCUUCUUAACUCCUAUAUAUCAACUACACUGUAUUUGUACUAGAUGCCAUUGCCAUUGAAUUAUGUGCCUUAAAAUAAUUUUAUUUUGUGAAUUACACCUCAAAAAUGUUUUUUAAAUAAUAAAACGACUAUGUUAAAAACGUUUUGCAUAGCAAAAAACAAGUCAAAGGAAAAAAGCUUUUUGGUUGAGCAAUAUUUGAUACAAUGUUAAUGUGAAUAUGUAAAUAAUACUUAAUGGAGGGAAAAAGACUAAACACUCAAUAGAAAUGUGGGCAAACUAUUUGACCAAUUCACAAAGACUAUAAUAAUGGCAACGGAAAAUAUGCAAGGAUGUUCCACUUUAUUUACAAAAGAACAAAUACAAAUUAAAACUACAUUUGGAUACCAUUUCUUACCAUUAGAUUAGCAAAACUUAACUCCUCGAAGACUGUGUCUUCUCGCUUGUUCCCUUUCCAGUAACACUCCUGUUAUCAUUGGAGGCGUUUAGACUUCAGGAAUUCCUGUCUAUUCAGUAUUUUCUGUCCUGAACCAGGGAGAGAGAAGGACGACUCUCAGGAUAACAGUUCACAUUCCCCACCAGGCAGGCGCUCGUGGCUUUGGGAUUAGUUCCAGUGGGCACCCCGGAGUGGCAACGCUUCCCCCUGAAGAAUGAGAUUUUGAGCGUUUUUCCUUCAGCAUUCGGAGGAGCCUAAUCCAAAUGCUCUGUGGAGUCGCACACACUGGCUCCAGGAGGAGGAUGCAAGCAAUUCUGGGAAUGGUAGUCCAGACGCUCAGUGGAGUAGCGGUCAGCUUGGCUCCGGCAGGUGAAUCAGGGGAUUUCUGGGAAAUGUAGUCCAGACGCUCAGUGGAAUCGCGGUCAAUUUGGCUCCGCCAGGUGGAUCCCAGGGAAUUCUGGGAAGUGUAGUCCAGACGCUCGGGGUUGUCGCGGUCAGUUUGUCUCAGGAAUUCUGGGAAGUGGAGUCCAGACACUCAGUGGAAUAGCGGGCACUUCCGCUCCGUUACUGUGAGGUUGCUGCAGUUUUGUCCCUGGUAGUUUGGGUCAGUUCCGCAGGACUCUUCUGAAUUUCCUGGACCUACGCAUUGGAUUCUCAACGAACUGGUGAUCGAAUUAGGGGAAAAGAAACCUCGUCGGAGAGCAGAGGCAGGAUUCUGCUUUCCCUCAGACUGUAUCACUCAGGACUCUGAAUAUUCCCUGAAAUAAGAGGAAAAAUGGCCACGUUGAAGGAGGCAGUGACCUUCAAGGACGUGGCUGUGGUCUUCACUGAGGAAGAGCUGAGGCUGCUGGACCUUGCCCAGAGGAAACUGUACCGAGAAGUGAUGCUGGAGAACUUCAGGAACCUGCUCUCAGUGGGGCAUCAACCACUCCACAGAGAUACUUUCCACUUCCUAAAGGAAGAAAAGUUUUGGAUGAUGGAGACAGCAACCCAAAGAGAAGGGAAUUUAGGAGGCAAGAUCCAAACGGAGAUGGAGACUGUUCCAGAAUCAGGAGCACAUGAAGGGUUGUUCAGUCAUCAAACCUGGGAACAAAUUUCAAGUGACUUAACCAGGUUUCAAGACUCCAUGGUAAACAGCUUUCAGUUCUCCAAACAAGAUGAUGUGCCCUGCCAGGUUGAUGCAGGACUAUCUAUAAUUCACAUAAGACAGAAACCUUCUGAGGGUAGGACGUGUAAAAAGUCCUUUAGUGAUGUCUCCGUCCUUGAUCUUCAUCAACAAUUACAGCCAAGAGAGAAGUCUCAUACAUGUGAUGAAUGUGGAAAGAGUUUCUGUUAUAACUCAGCUCUUCGUAUUCAUCAGAGAGUUCACAUGGGGGAGAAACUCUAUAAUUGUGAUGUGUGUGGUAAGGAAUUCAAUCAGAGCUCACAUCUGCAAAUUCAUCAGAGAAUCCACACUGGAGAGAAACCAUUCAAAUGUGAGCAGUGUGGGAAAGGCUUUAGUCGUAGAUCAGGACUUUAUGUUCAUCGUAAAUUACACACAGGAGUGAAACCUCAUAUUUGUGAAAAAUGUGGGAAGGCCUUCAUUCAUGAUUCCCAGCUUCAGGAACAUCAAAGAAUCCAUACUGGGGAGAAGCCAUUCAAAUGUGAUAUAUGUUGUAAGAGCUUCCGUAGUAGAGCAAAUCUUAAUAGGCAUUCCAUGGUUCACAUGCGAGAGAAACCAUUCAGAUGUGAUACAUGUGGUAAGAGCUUUGGUCUGAAAUCAGCACUUAAUAGUCAUCGCAUGGUCCACACAGGAGAGAAACGGUACAAAUGUGAGGAAUGUGGAAAAUGCUUCAUUUAUAGGCAAGAUCUUUAUAAGCAUCAGAUAGACCACACAGGGGAGAAGCCAUAUAAUUGUAAAGAAUGUGGAAAAAGCUUCAGAUGGGCCUCAGGUCUUUCAAGACAUGUGCGAGUCCACAGUGGAGAGACACCGUUCAAAUGUGAAGAAUGUGGGAAGGGAUUUUAUACAAAUUCACAACGUUAUUCUCACCAGAGAGCCCACAGUGGAGAAAAGCCAUAUAGAUGUGAGGAGUGUGGGAAGGGCUACAAAAGGAGGUUGGAUCUUGACUUUCAUCAGAGGGUCCACAGAGGAGAGAAACCCUAUAAUUGUAAGGAAUGUGGGAAGAGCUUUGGCUGGGCCUCAUGUCUUUUGAAUCAUCAGAGAAUCCACAGUGGAGAAAAACCAUUUAAAUGUGAAGAAUGUGGGAAAAGAUUUACUCAGAAUUCACAACUUUAUACCCAUCGUAGAGUCCACAGUGGAGAAAAACCAUUCAAAUGUGAAGAGUGUGGGAAAAGAUUUACUCAGAAUUCACAACUUUAUUCUCAUCGCAGAGUCCACACUGGAGUAAAGCCAUACAAAUGUGAAGAGUGUGGGAAGGGCUUCAACAGUAAGUUUAAUCUUGACAUGCACCAGAGGGUCCACACUGGAGAGAGACCUUAUAAUUGUAAAGAAUGUGGGAAGAGCUUUAGCCGGGCCUCAAGUAUUUUGAAUCAUAAGAGACUCCAUGGUGACAAAAAGCCAUUCAAAUGUGAAGAGUGUGGGAAGAGAUUUACUGAGAAUUCACAGCUUCAUUCCCAUCAGAGGGUUCACACUGGGGAAAAGCCAUACAAAUGUGAGAAGUGUGGAAAGAGCUUCAGAUGGGCCUCAACUCAUCUAACCCAUCAGAGACUCCACAGUAGAGAAAAACUACUUCAAUGUGAGGACUGUGGGAAGAGCAUUGUGCACAGUUCAUGCCUUAAAGACCAACAAAGAGACCAAAGUGGAGAGAAAACAUCUAAGUGUGAGGACUGUGGGAAGCGCUACAAGAGGCGCUUGAAUCUUGAUACACUUUUGUUGUUAUUUUUAAAUGAUACAUAACUGUUGUACUCGUUUAUGGGGUACAGUGUGAUAGUUAAUACAAGUAUACAAUGUGUUAUGAUCAAAUCAAUGUAAUUAAUGUAUCUAUCACCUCAAACAUUUGUCAUUUAUUUGUGUUGGGAACCCUUAAAAUUCACUGUCCUAGCUAUUUGAAAAUAAUACAUUGUUAAUUACAGUCACCCUGUAGUGGUAUAAAACACUAGAACUUAGUCCUCCUACCUGCCUGUAUUUCUGUAUUCAUUAACCAACCUUUGGCUACCACCCUGCCUCCUCACCUCUAAGAACUACUAUUCUACUCUCUACUUCUAUGAAGUUAACUUUUUGAGCUUCCACAUAUGUGUGAGAACAUGUGGUAUGUAUCUUUCUGUGCCUGGCAUAUAUCACUUAAUAUAAUGCCUUGUAAGGCUCAUUCACUUUGCUGUGAGUGAUAGAAUUUUGUUGUUUUUCAUGGCUAAAUAGUACUCUGAUGUGUAUAUUUGCCCCAUCUUCUUUAUUCAUUCAUCCAGUGGACACUUAGGUUGAUUACAUAUUGUGGCCUAUUUCUUGGCUAUCGUGAGUGGUGCUGCAAUAAACAUGGAGGGGUGGAGAUAACACUUUAA